AUGGCAUCAAAAAGUCUCACUGCUGGCAAGAACCAGGUGACAUUCAGAUCGUUUGGCGUGGAUUUGGCUGGCGAUCUCUAUCUCCCCGAAGCCUUUGAUGCGACAAAAGUCUACAAAGCCAUCGUUGGCGCAAGCCCAUUUCCGCAGGUGAAGGAUCAAAUCCCGGCAACCUAUGGACCUGAAAUGGCCGCGCGAGGCUUUGUCUACCUCGGCUUCGACUACCUCGGCAUGGGGGAUUCUCCUGCGCUGCCCGGCGAGUUCAAGCAAUCUCGCUACAUGUUUCGGCUCAUCGAGAACACUUGGGAUGCCGUGUCAUUCCUUGGCACACUUCCUUUCGUUGGCGAGAUCUACGGUCUGGGCGUCUGCCAGGGCGGUUCGAUCAUCGCGUCGGCAGCCGUGACAGACCAUCGGAUCAAGAAGAUCGCCAUGGUGUCUGGCAUGAUGGCAGCGGACGCCUUUCAAUGGACCAACCGCGACCAGGUGAACCAGCAAAUCGCGGCCGCUAAUGCCUCGAAGCAGAAAAUGUAUGAAGGUGGGGAGCCAGAUUACGUCACACCAAUCGGCUUGAAUGAUGAGCAGUCUCGAGAAGACUUCGUCGCAGCGAUGGCAGGCAUCAACCCCAUGGCCGGAGAGACCUAUGACUACUAUGGUCGCGAUGGUGUCAAAGGGCCGAUGGCGGUUCCAAACUUCACCAACAUGCAUAUCGGCGACCAAGGCAUGCAGUCUCUGUUCUCUAUCGGGGAAGCAUACGCCGACAAGAUCGUCCAGCCGUCUCUGACGAUCUACAGCAAAGCUGCUUGGACCGCGGUGUGCUCGACCGAGUUUGUUAGCAAGCUAACGAACGAACAUGAGGAAUUGGCGUUUGACGAGUUCAGCCAUGUGGACUUCUACUACAAGCCCGAGGCCGUGAAAGCCUCGACAGAUGCUGUGGCAGAGUUCUUCAACAAAUGA